UUUAAAACGUUUCUUACACUCAUUCCUUCAUGUUUUCCUUCCUUCCCUCCUCGUUUCCUUCACCUCUCCUUCUCCUCGCUCUUUCCCACAAUGCACUGCGUUCACUCGUUGGAUCAUGGACCAAAGCGACAAUGAUCUUCAAGGCAGCGAUGGCUCUGGGAGUUUGGGAGGCCCAGAUGUCCGGCGAAGAAUCCCCAUCAAACUCAUAUCCAAGCAGCCUCUGAGGAGCAAACCUCCACCCCGCGCCCAGAGACCCAGCAGCAGGCCGUGUAAGAACGAGCCUGGGGAGGACGGUAAGCCCAAUAAUUUUGUCUUCAAGCAAGACGAGAGGUUCGAUUGUGGAGCCAAAGCUGGUGACGUGUUUGCGACUCAGAGGAGAUUCCCCCAACAGCUGUUUUGGGACUACAAGUUACAUUUGCUCGGAGAAAGGGAUGAAGUACCGAUUCACUUCUGUGAUAAAUGUGGUCUUCCUAUUCAGCUCUAUGGAAGGAUGAUCCCCUGCAAACACGUCUUCUGCUACGACUGUGCUCUGCUACACGAGAAGAAGGGAGACAAGAUGUGUCCUGGCCUCACCAUGUAUAACUGCACAGACCCAGUGCAGCGCAUCGAGCAGUGCCAGCGCGGCUCCCUCUACAUGUGCAGCAUUGUGCCGGGAUGCAAACGCACCUACCUGUCCCAGCGUGACCUGCAGGCUCAUGUCAACCACCGUCACCUGAGGGCUGCUAAGUCUGGAAGCCGCCAGGAGCAGGUCCACAUGCCCCCUUCAUCUGAGGUCCCCGACCGGUUCCGCGUGCCUCCUCCUCACCUACCCAAGAACCACGUUCACCUCCCCAACCCGCUCCACGGCGGCCAUGACCCCUACAGUCAGCCACCCCCUCCCUCCCCUCAUGACGCCCCGCCCCCAAACUCAGGCCUUGGUCCUGAGACAUUCCGCAUCGCCACAGUGACGACACGUAAACACAGUAAUCUCAUCACCGUGCCCAUUCAAGAUGACUCCUCCUCCAGGGAGCCACACUCUGGACCAGGCCCUGGUCAGCCUCCCCAUCACCAUCCAGGCGACUAUCCUGGUCAGCCCCCUGUAGUGACCCACUCUCACCACAUGAUGGCGCCACCACAACAGCACUUUGGCCCCCUGCCGCCCCCUCCUCCUCCUAUCAACCACCCCAUGCAGCAUCCUCCUCAGGGCUCCGGGACACCACACAUGGUGUACAACCAGGCCCCUCCUCCCCCCAUGUCCUCAGCUCCCCCUCCAAUCACCCCUCCACCAGGGCACAUCAUGGGCCAAAUGCCCCCCUACAUGAACCACCCACCCCCAGGACCUCCACCCCAACACAGUGGCCCCCCUGUCAACGCUCCCCCGCCACAUCACUACAACCCCAACUCCAUGCAGCAGUUCCCUGAAGAUCAGGGCACCCUCAGUCCUCCAUUCAGCCAGCCGGGAGGGCUCAGUCCUGGGAUGUGGCCGGCUCCGAGAGGACCCCCACCACCGCGAAUGCAGGGUCCUCCUCCCCAGGGCCAGAUGCCUGGACCCCACCACCCAGAUCAGGGCCGCUAUCGGCCUUACUACCAGUAAACUGCCAACUGACUGCAGGGCAGCAGUCUGUGUCAUUCUGUCUCACACCACUCUGUCUGAAUAAUGUGAUAGCAAACCUCAGGGUUACAGGAUGUAGGACUUUAAUUUUAAUACAACUGCCCCAAAGUAAAUGUGUCCGUGCUGCACAUUUAGUUACAUGUUCUGAACUUCCCGCUGAACGUUCAAAUAGACUUGGAGAAGAACAGGAAUGUCCCUUUUUUUUAAUAGCGUAUGGUAAAUAUUUCUGUAUAUAUGUCAGCUGAUCACACACAUGUACUGUACAUGGAAAGACGUUAACUGUCAAUAAAUUUUUAACUGCAGAUCUGCAUCUCA